AUGCGAGCACUGUUCACUAGGGGCUCGGAUAAGAUCGCCACAGCUCUUGCAACACGUAACGUAAGCAAAGCAGAACAGACACGUCAGCUCCCAUCGCACCCACAGGACAUCCCGCAGCCGCCGACGUUAACCAGGAUCCUGUAUGGAGAGAACGUGAGCAAGAAGCCUCGGCAGAGCAUUAAGGACUGGAAGACGAGGCUGAGCUACUUCCUGCAGAACUCGUCCAACUCUGCCAAGAUGAAAGGCAAGAAGGGCGGGAAGCAGCACACCUACUUCAGACCCUCUCCCGAGGAAGCCCAGCUGUGGUCUGAAGCUUUUGACGAGCUCCUUGCUAGCAAAUAUGGUCUUGCUGCUUUCCGAGCUUUUCUGAAGUCAGAGUACUGUGAAGAGAACAUCGAGUUCUGGCUGGCCUGCGAGGACUUCAAGAAAACCAAGUCACCCCAGAAGCUGACAUCUAAAGCAAAAAAAAUCUACAAUGACUUCAUUGAAAAGGAAGCUCCUAAAGAGAUCAAUAUAGACUUCCAAACCAAGAACAUGAUUGCUCAGAACAUCCAGGAAGCCACACACUCCUGCUUCAGUGCAGCUCAGAAGAGAGUCUACAGCUUAAUGGAGAACAAUUCCUACCCACGCUUUCUAGAGUCUGAAUUUUAUCAGGAACUGUGCAAGAAGCCUCCCAUCACCAGGGUGGCCCAGGCCACAUGAGCAACUACAAGGGGCUGUGAG